AUGCGCCCGUUCGCCUCCGGCCCCGUCCGGACCAUCGCAUCGCGCAUCGCGGUCGCCGUCCCUCGAACCGCCAUCCCAAGACCUCGAGCUCAGCCCACCACCACAACGUUCUGCUGCCAAUGCCUGCGUCCGCUCUCGACGACGCCCGUCGCAUUGAGCGGGCACAACAAGUGGUCCAAGAUCAAGCACAAGAAGGGCGCCGCCGACGCGCAAAAGAACAACAUGCGCAGCCAGCACUCCAAGACGAUUGCCCUCUACUCUAGGCACGGCGUCCCCAAAGCCGUAAUUGACUCCGCCAUCGCACGAGGUCAAGGCCGCUCCGCCUCAGGCGCCUCCCUCGAAUCCCUCACCCUCGAAGCCAUCCUCCCGCCCGGCGUCGCCCUCAUAAUCGAAGUCGAGACCGAGAGCAAGGCCCGCUCCCUCCAAGACCUCAAAGUCCUCGUCAAGAAACACAAGGGCACCGCCAACGCCGCCACUUUCUUCUUCACCCGCCUAGGCCGCGUCGUCUUUGCCGCAAAGGAAGGUGGUGCCCCCGUGGGUAUCGACGACAUUAUGGACGACGCCAUCGAGUGCGGCGCCGAGGACCUCGAGGCCGACGAGGAGGGCAACCUUGUCGUCUGGACGCAACCCAACAUGACCAAUGCCGUCGUCAAUGGUGUGGGCCCCAAGUUUGAGCUCGAGCUGCUCAGCUCCGAAAUCAUCUGGAACGCAAACGAGGACACAAAGGUCAAGAUUGACGAAGGACUCGAAGCCACGACGCUAAGCGAGCUUUUGGCCGCGCUACAGGAGUUCCCCGAGGUGCAGGCCGUGUACGGCAACCCCACGCGGGGCGACAUCCCGGAGGAGCAGUGGUCCGGCAUCGAGGAGAACCUCGACUCGUAG